AACCGCAAUCCGAACCCGGCCCCCGCUCCUUUCCAUGUCCUCCUCCCUAUAUAAACCCCCCUUCUGCUUCUCCGUCAUGUUCCUAUUCCCACUUCCUCUUCCCCUUCUCCCUCGUCUUCGUCCCCGGACCCCCUCGUCAAAAUUCUAGGGUUUCGCCUCCUCCUCAUCCGCCGUCGCCCUCGCCGUCGCCGCCGCAAGGAUGAAGGCGACGACCUACUCGCGCCCCCACCGCCCCUACCCGCCCCCCGCGCCGCCGUUCGAGGUGCUCCUCGCCCGCUCCUCCGCGCGGCGGGGCACCGCCCCCAAGGACGUCGACACCCUCGUCUCCGCCAUCCCGAUCCCCCCUGCCGAGUUCUUCGUCUACCCCUUCGGCCCCCUCGCCGGGAGGCUCUGCUACCGCCGCGAGGUCGACGCGCUCGACGCCGUCGUCUUCCUGUGGCGGCGCCGCCUCCAGGGCGCCCACCACUUGAGCCCUAGGGUCGCCGCCGCAUCCGCAGCGCGCUACGAUCCCAGCGAGGAGGCGGCGAGGCUCCGCGCGCUCUUCGCCGGCCACGCGCACGCGCUCCUCAAGGGCGAGGCGGCGGAGAGGUGUAGCAAGAAGAUCGAGAAGCUCACGGUCGAGAUCGCGAAAGUGGACGGGAUGCUCCGACGCCGGAAUCCGCUGAAGAGCUUUGGAGAGCUUCGCUCGAAUCGGAAGCAGCUCGAGAGCGAGAGGGAGCAGUUGAAGGGUAACCUCGAGGAGUUCAGAGCGGCCAUGGGGUGUGUACUCGCUCAUCUCGGAGAGCCUCAGAGUGAAGUUGGAGAAGGCGAGCAAUGCGCUUUUACGCCGCUCAAGUUCGAGGAUAAGUGGAAUUGGGGCCGAAUCCAAGCCGUGAUGUUGCGAGAGUGCCGAAGGCUCGAGGAGGGCCUCCCAAUUUAUGCAUGCAGAAGAAGUAUUUUGAGAAAUAUUAGUUCAAAUCAGGUUAGCGUCCUAAUUGGGGAGACUGGCUCGGGUAAGAGUACACAGUUGGUCCAAUUUCUUGCUGAUUCUGGACUAGCUGACGAAGGAUCAAUAGUGUGUACUCAGCCAAGAAAAAUCGCUUCCACAUCUUUAGCACAAAGGGUUGCAGAGGAAACUAAUGGAUGCUACGAAGACUACUCUGUGACUUCUUACCCGACCUUCUCCUCAUUACAGUGCUUCCCUUCCAAGGUUAUAUUCAUGACUGACCACUGUCUUCUGCAACAUUACAUGAACGAUGAUAGCCUUGCUGGUAUUUCACAUAUUAUUGUUGACGAGGCACAUGAGAGAAGCUUAAACACCGACAUGUUACUGGCAUUGCUUAAGAAAAAACUGCUCAAGAGGUUUGACUUGAGACUUAUAAUAAUGUCUGCCACAGCCGAUGCAAGGAAGCUUUCAGACUACUUUGAUAGUUGCCGCACCUUUAAUGUGAAGGGGAGAAACUUCCCAGUUGAAAUCAAAUAUGUUCCUGAUAUAUCUUCUGACAUUUCUUAUAUUUCAAAUCUGAAGUUUCCCGCUACUUUGGUUUCAUAUGUUUCUGAUGUGCUUAAAAUGGUGAGUGUAAUCCACAAAACUGAGGAAGAUGGCGGUAUACUCGCAUUCUUAACUUCUCAAAUGGAAGUAGAAUGGGCAUGUGAGAGGUUUAGUGAUCCCUCUGCAGUUGUACUCCCAAUGCAUGGGAAGCUCUCUAGUGAAGAACAGAGCCGUGUUUUUCAGAACUACCCAGGAAAAAGAAAGAUUAUAUUUUCCACCAAUGUUGCAGAGACUUCUCUUACUAUUCAAGGUGUGAAAUAUGUGGUUGACUCCGGAAUGGUCAAAGAUAUCAUGUUUGAACCUAAAAAUGGGAUGAAUGUGCUUAAAGUGUGCCGCACUAGCCAAAGUUCCGCUAACCAACGUGCUGGUCGAGCAGGUCGGACGGGGCCAGGCAAAUGCUACAGGCUUUAUUCGCAGCAUGAUUAUCAAUUAAUGCAACCGCAUCAAGAGCCUGAAAUCCGUAAAGUACACCUGGGGAUUGCCUGCUUAAGAAUUCUUGCUUUAGGUAUAAAGGACAUACGAGAAUUUGAGUUUAUAGAUGCCCCAAGCCCAUGUGCCGUUGACACAGCGAUGCAGAAUUUAAUCCGAAUAGGCGCUGUCAUUCGUAAAAAUGGCUUGUUUGAGUUAACUGGAACUGGCCGUUGCUUGGUUAAAUUAGGUGUCGAGCCACGGCUUGGGAAGAUCAUUCUUGAUUGCUUUAGCUGCGGGCUGAGAAAAGAGGGUGUAGUUCUUGCUGCUGUAAUGGCAAAUUCUAGCAGCAUAUUUUGUAGGGUUGGUACUGACGAGGAGAAAUUUAAAGCAGAUCGCCUUAAAGUGCCAUUCUGUCAUCGUGGUGGAGACCUUUUUACAUUGCUCUCAGUUUACAAGGAAUGGGAGAGCGAACAUGAGAAUAGGAACAAAUGGUGUUGGGGGAAUAGCAUCAAUGCGAAAUCAAUGAGAAGAUGCCGGGAUACUAUUCUGGAGCUAGAAAAUUGUCUUCAGAAUGAACUGAACGUUAUCGUUCCGAGUUACUGGUUAUGGGACCGGCAUGAACCUACCGAACAUGACAAGUCACUAAAGAAGGUUCUACUCCUGUCUCUUGCUGAUAAUACAGCAAUGUAUUCUGGAUCUGACGUUCUUGGCUACAAAGUGGCAUUAACAGGGCAAUAUAUUCCACUUCAUCCUUCUUGUUCAUUGCUAAUAUUUGGCGAGAGGCCAAGCUGGGUGGUUUUUGGUGAGAUUUUUUGUAUAUCGAGUCGUUAUUUGGUCUGUGUGACUGCUGUUGAUUCUGAAUGCUUGCAUAAGAUUCAGCCUCCUCUGUUUGACAUUUUUCAGCUGGAGAGCCAGAAGAUGGUGAUGAAUGUAACUACUGGAGUUGGUUAUAAUCUUAUUAGAAGGUUAUGUGGCAAAUCAAAUCAUAACCUACGCUGCCUUGUUUCUAAUAUUCAGGAAGAAUGCAUGGAUAAUCAUAUCACUAUUGACGUUGACUUUGAUAAAAGAGAGAUUCAGUUACUGGCUUUAGCAAAAGAUAUGGAAAAGGUUUGCUGCCUUUUUAAUAAUGCCUUGGAGCGUGAAAGACAAUGGAUGAGGCAUGAAUGCACUGAAAAAUGCUUGUACCAUGGAGGGCUUGGUAGUUCUCCUUCUAUUGCACUGUUUGGUUCAGGUGCUGAAAUUAAACAUCUAGAGCUUGAGAAGAGAUACCUUACAGUAGAAAUUUUCCAUCUAAAGGCAAAUGAACUAAAUGACAGGGAGCUUCUUAAAAUUGUGGAUAGAUGUGGCAAUGGAAUAGCUAAUUAUCACAAGCAUCCAGCAAAUGCACAAGGGGGCCUAGAAUCAAAUAAGUGGGGUAAAGUAACUUUUCUUAAUCCUGAAGGUGCAGAAAAUGCUGUAGCCAACCUGAAUAAAGUGGAACUGAAUGGCUCUUUUUUAAAGGUGCUUCCUGUUUCUGCAUUCAAUCAUAAAGCAUUACCAUUUCCUACAGUCAGAGCAAAAGUUUAUUGGUUACAUAGGCCCAGCAAGGGAGUUGCACUUGUUUCAUGCGCAAAGGAGGAUGUUGAUUUUAUUGCUAAAGACUGCUUUGCAUUAAUUAUUGGAGACAGGUAUGUUAAUUGUAAUGUCAGUGUUAAGUACCCAAAUUGUCUAUUUGUGACAGGAAUUCCAAAAGAUAUUGGAGAACAAGAAGUAUAUGAUGCAUUUAAGAAUGCAACAAAGAGGAGAAUUCUUAGUGUUCGUUUGUUAAGAGGAGAUGCCAUCAAUAACCUUCCGGUUUCUACUUAUGCAGAAGCUCUGGUCAAAGAAAUUGCGCCUUUCAUGCCUAAUAAGAAUCUCCCAAACUGCAAUUUUCAGGUUGAAGUGUAUAACUAUGAACCGAAGGAUUACAUGGUGAAAGCUAUGAUCACUUUUGAUGGAAGCCUACAUGCAGAGGCAGCAAAUGCCUUGGAUCACAUCCAAGGCAAAGUACUUUCUGGCUGUUUUCCAUGGCAAAAGAUACAGUGCCAGCAUAUUUUUUCCAGCUGUUUAUCUUGUCCGUCUCGUAUUUACUUUGUAAUUAAGGGGCAAUUGGAUCACCUACUUGAAGGUUUUAAGCAUCAGGAUGGUGCAUACUAUAAGCAAGAUAAGAACGUAAAUGGUUCCAUUAGAAUAACGAUAUCUGCCAACAGUCCGAAGAUUAUAGCCGACUUGAGGAAACCUCUGGAGCAGUUGAUGAAAGGGAAGACUAUAAGCCAUCAAAGCCUGACUCCUACUAUUCUACAGUUACUGCUGUCCCGUGAUGGUGCCACGCUUAUGAAGGACGUGGAGCGGUCCACUAAAACAUACAUUUUCUACGACCGGUACAAUCUAAAUGUUAAAGUAUUUGGACCUCACAAUGGUGUGGCUGAUGCGGAGGAGAAAUUGGUCCAGUCACUUCUAUCAUUUCAUGAAAAUCGGCCACUCGAUAUCCGGCUCCGGGACCGCAGCCUCCCACCAGAUCUAAUGAAAGAGGUGGUUCAAAGGUUCGGCCCGGACCUUCAUGGGCUGAAGGAAAAGGCACCAGGGGUCGAAGUACUUCUCAACACCCGCUUCCAUAUCCUCUCAGUCCGAGGAAGCAAGGAGCUGAAACAGAGAGUACAAGAGAUUGUAAACGAAUUGGUGCUCUCUCUUGGCAGCACAAGUUUAGCCAUCCAACCAUCAGAGGCCACAUGCCCUAUUUGCUUAUGCGAGCUUGAAGAUCCGUACAGGCUCGAAGAAUGCGGCCACAGCUUUUGUCGGAACUGUUUAAUUGAGCAGUGUGAGUCUGCCAUAAGAUCCCAUGACAGGUUCCCCCUAUGCUGUACCAAGGAGAGUUGCGGCGAGCCUCUAUUGCUUGUUGACUUGAGGUCUCUAUUAUCCUGCGACAAGUUGGAGGAGCUGUUCAGAGCCUCUUUAGGCGCAUUCGUGGGGUCCAGUGGCGGGGCCUACAGGUUCUGCCCGACCCCCGACUGCCCAUCGGUCUACAAGGUCUGCCCACGAGAUGGCGAACCAGGCAGGCCCUUCGUGUGUGGGGCUUGCGGGGUCGAGACGUGCACCAAGUGCCACAUGGAGUUCCACCCUUCUGUGUCGUGCGAGCGCUACAGGGAGUUCAAGGUCGAUCCCGAUCUGUCGCUCGAGGAGUGGCGCGAGGGAAAGGAUUUCGUGAAGGACUGCCCCUCGUGCGGGCACACGAUUGAGAAGGCAGAAGGGUGCAACCACGUAGAAUGCUUGUGUGGUAAGCACUUGUGCUGGGUGUGCUUGGAGUCCUUCGAUUGCAGCGACAGCUGUUACGAUCAUCUCAGGUCGGUACACCAUGCAAUUAUGUGAAACCUAACGUGCUCAUAUUUUGUAGACUAUCCUUGUAUAUAAUAGGGUUCUUCUCGAAGUUAUUGUAGCAUCCUUUUCCUCCUCUUGUAAAAUCUCUCAUUUUAUUGAUCUUGUGUACAAUUCUUAGUGAAAUAACACUAGAAAUAAUAUUUACACUAUGUUAUUAGACAUCCGGAUGUAGGACUAUAUAUCAUUAUAAUAUAAUAAUAAUAGGAGUAAUGUCUUUUUAGUACUAUCUUUAUGCUUACAUGUAUUUCCCUUCUGUACAUACAAACAAGAUGCAAAAUAUGUAUUUACUUCUCACGA